GGUUUAGCAGGCCAAUGCUCAAACGACUGAACUAUCGCUAUCCCUCUCCCCCUAGGGUCAUGCUAGACCCUUGUGCUGUAAGCUUCCUGACUCUGGGCAGGCCCCAGCACUCUCUCUAUCAUUGGCUUCUCUGGCAUGCUCCCUGGACAAAGACAGUAUGUCUAUUGCCCCUUCAUGGAAAUGGGACCUUGUGGUCCAGUUACCCUAGGCCCCCAGGACCAGUACUGACCUCCACAUAGACACCCCAGUAGCUUAAGCACUUUUACCCAGAGGUCUGACCUUAUGGGUAUUUGGGGUUACAGUUUACCUCUCCUGCGAAGUGUGAUAAUUGAAGCAUGUAACACAGAGGCUUUGCAAAUGGCUCCCAAACCAAUCACUGUUCGUUUAGAUCGCUCCAGAGAUGUACAGCUCUUGUCAAAACACUAAAACAUCUAUACACCGUUCCUGUUUCACUUUCCUCCCCAUGCUGGAGUGUUUGUCAGGAUUUGGGGGAGUAUCCUUUCAGGGUUCCAAGUCCCCUCCUCUGUACCUCUCGCCUCGUGACUUCUCCUCUGGAACAUGCAAUCUGUUCUCUCCUCCUGCCUGCUUUUCACCCUGUCUGGUCCCACAGUCAAAAGCAUGCCUCUCUAGUCCUCUCUCCUGCUCAAACUUCCUCUGAGUCUUUGGUGAAAAUCACCACCUGGUUUCUUUGUUUUCCUGUUUGUGGACUUUCCAUUCUCCAAAACCCGCUCCCUUCAGACCAUCUGGGUCAAAUUGGUUCUCCCAGAUCAGGCACCCUCCUUAGCAUACCCAUAGUUUGGCCAGAGACUAGGUAUUAAGGUUAAUGAUUUAUUUUAUUUGUUCUACAGGUUCUUCCUGACCAUGGAAGGAAAGGAAGAGGGGAUGUUAUGCAUCCUGCCAGACACACUGAGGCAUUUAGUGAUACAGAAAUUUCAUAUAAUUAACCAAAGUUUCUAAAUUGUACAUAGACAGGUUCCCCAAAUCAUCUCAAUUGCAUUUUUCAAGGAAUUUGGCAGUGCUGUAGUCAUUAGGAUUGCUGUACAGAGGGGUGGAUUUGCUGCAGUAACAGGAGGGGUACGAGGGAUGGACAGAGAAGUGAGGAGAAGACACCUCUGGAGCUGCAGAUUUAUCAACCAGGUUGCUAGGAAAGAAGAAAGUCAAAACCUUCUGAUAGACACUUCCUCUUACUGGAUACGUCUGUCAUUUUGGUUCAUGCAUAAAUAUGAGGCAACUCUUAGACAGUCCGCCUUCUUGUCGCCUCUCAUCUUCCUCUGCACUUGCCAUGGCUGGAGAAAUAGUAUAUGCUGAUUUAAACAUUCCUGGAGCUUUUUCCACUUCAAAGUCACUGCAUCCAUCUCAGCAUCCCAAUAUCACUCAGUGCCCACGUUGGCAUCGGAUGGCUCUAUGGCUUGGAUGUGCCGGGAACGUCAUCCUGCUGGCAGCUGUGAUCGCGCUUGGUGUUUGGGGUCAGACCGGAAGACAGAGAACAACAAAUGGAAUUGAAUGUAAUUCCAGCCUGAAGGAUUCCCAGUCUUGGUUGAAUCAAAGUUUGUAUCCAAAGCCAGACAACAACUCAACAGAGGGCUGUGGGUGCAAACUGUGCCCCGCUGACUGGCUGCUGCACAAGAACAAGUGCUACUGGGUCUCUAAAGAAAGUAAAACGUGGAAUGAGAGUCGUGAGGACUGCUCAGCGAAGAGCUCUCAAAUGCUUGUGAUCCAAGACAAGGAGGAGAUGGUGUAUGUAUUGAGUAUUCCACAACUGAACCUGGUCUGGCUUGGACUCAGUGUUACAUCCCCAGAGAGGAAAUGGACCUGGGUGGAUGGCUCCACGUUCGAUGAAACACUGUUCCAGCUGACAGGAACUGCUGACAGGGAGAGCUGUGGGAUGAUCAAAGGGAACCGCACUAUUUCGGAAACCUGCACGGCUGUAACUAAAUGGAUUUGUGAGAAAGUUGCUCUGAAAUAAGCAGUCACGCUAAUGAGCUGCACUUGCGUAACUGAAAUAGCAAGUGUCCCUGUUUAUUUUCUAAAAGAAAAACACAUUUACUAAUUAACGAAUUCUAAAGCCUCCGACAAACUCAUUUUCCAAGGAAGAUCCAUUCACUUGUUCCUCAGGAGCUGGGUGUGAUUUCAUGAGGAGCUGGCUGCCCCCUGGGCAUCACGUGUGAGCAGACACUCUUGGCUCUCAGGAACAGUUUGAAAAUUAAAAGUUGUAAAGCACCAAUGUCACCGCUGGAGACCUACGUGCCAUUUGGCCACAUCUCAGAAAGGCGCCGUUUUGAACAUUCUUUCACCCGGCCCCACUUUCAGCCAUAGCCUCUAAUUCUGUGGGAGAUUUAGGUGAAGAAGCACCAGUUUGUAUUCCCACAUCUGGUAGUUGCUUACCAUUUAUGCACCCAAAUCUGAGCACAUAAUAGUUCUUGUCACAGAUCCACAGGGUCUGGUCUAUGCCCAGCCUGUAACUAGUACCUUUACUGGGCUGGGCCUGGCCCAUGGCCUCCAAGACUCUGAAACUGGGCCCAAGCAACCCAUUUGGCAGCUGAACUGAAGUAGGGUCCUGUUCAGACUUUCCUCUCCAGGUUGCAGUAACCCCAGGCAGCCUUUUCAUCAGUCACCUGCAAUACAGAAGCUGAAAGGCUGUAGGCUAGCAUCAAAGAGGUAGUCUUAGGCCAGAGAUCAGAUAGGGCAGGGUCCCAUGGGUUCACCAUGCCCUGCUUCUGUGGGCUCCGCCUUUGUUCUCUCCUUGUCCUGCUCUGACUCCAGCAACAACCUCACCCCUUUGUUCUACAGCCACAGCCAGGUUCAGGUGCCUCAGCUUCCCCUUUGGUAAUGUGAUGUUGCACUCCAUAUGUGUACGGAAAUAUGCUUAUGAGUGUAAAUAUAAUGUAAAUGAAAUAUGCUUUAUGCAAAAGGUCUCUUGUAAAUUAUUAUU